CAUUACUGCGCAUGCGCAGUGCAGUGCGGCUGGUGGGGGACAGUUGAGCUAGAAAAUGGCGGCGUUUCUGACCCACCAGCAGAAAGUCUUACGGCUUUAUAAAAAAUCUCUGAGGCACAUCGAGUCGUGGUGCGUCUUCAGAGAUAAGUACCGCUUCUACGCCUGCAUGCUGAGGGCUCGCUUUGAUGAGCAUAAGAAUGAGAAGGACAUGGUGAAGGCUUCCAAGCUGCUGAAAGCUGCGGAGGAGGAGUUCUGGGCGAAUCAGCAUCCUCAGCCCUACCUGUUCCCCGACUCCCCCGGCGGAACCUCGUACGAGAGAUACGAGUGCUACAAGGUUCCUGAAUGGGUUCUGGAUCACUGGCAUCCGUCUGAGAAGGCCGAGUUCCCUGAUUACUUCUCCAAGAGAGAGCAGUGGAAGAAGCUGCGAGCUCAGAGCUGGGAGAAUGAGGUGAAGCAGCUGCAGGAGGAGACUCCAUCUGAUGGCCCCAGGUCCGAGGCUCUUCCUCCGGCCCGCAAGGAGGGCGAUCUCCCCCCACUGUGGUGGCAGUAUGUGACCCGGCCCAGAGAGAGGCCCAUGUGAGAGGCCCGUGUGAGACGCCACACAUUACAAAGCACACACACACUCCUCUGCCUCCAUGGUCCUCCCACCUGAGUGCACUUAGUGACCUACAGCCCUCUGACCCAGACAGUGUUCAAAGGAACGGCUUGACCCAACAUGCUAACGUACGAAUUAGCACAAUCUCCAUGCGCUCAGUGCUAAUUGGUAGACAUUCACUCUCUCUUCACAGCAGCAGCAGGAUUUAAUCAAGUUUGAGUCUGUGUGUGUUUAAGGGGAUCAGGAGUGUCUGUGUGUGUGUGUGUGUGUGUGUGUGGAGUGUAAUUGUAGACUGUACAGACAUGUAAAGCACCCAGUGCGCUUAAGAUUCAAAUAAAUAAAUAAAUCUGUCAAUCAAA